AUGUGGUCCGAGCCGUUCAUUGUCCGUCGGGGUAAUACCCGAGUGGCCCUACUGUUAGUGAAUGUGCAGAACUUUGCGUACACUUUUCCCGAUCUGAUCCGAGGCGACUCUUCACUAAUUCACAUGUUUCGACUCAUAUCAAGCGUAUCCACAAUUGUGAUCAUCAAUAAUCCGGGUCUUAAACAACACCCACAUGGAUCUGGUCAUAGAUAUAUGAUCCCGGUCAAUUCGUACCAACACUUUCUGACCACAUUAAACCAAUGGGAAUGCGAUAAUUACGAGACACUUAUGGCCAACGUUACGCAAAUUACCGAUCGAUCAGAAAAUUACCGAAAACUUAACCAAGAGUUCAAUAAUAACAGCACGUAUUUAGUCUCGUGUCCCACAUAUGAUGUCAAGAACAUUGACUGGAAAGUUGGCGAUCUUCCCCGGGAAUAUGGGAAUCAAAUGAAAACAUUUAUACGCGUAGAUGCGCUCGAUGUUAGUAAUGUGUUGAGUGGCAUUACAUUUACUAACACCGAUCAGUUAAUGAAAGCGAUCGAGGGCAAAAUUCAUGAGUUAAAUCAUAAUAACAGCGUAAACAGUAGCCCAACGCUUGCGGUGCCGAUUAAACAGCCGACACCCGCACCGGGAAUCUUAAUAAAUCGGCCGCAAACGCCCCGAAUGAGCGGACAAUCGCCGUUCAACAGGACCGCACACGACUGGCCGCCGCUGGGCGUUAACCACACCCACACUGCCAUCGGUGACACUAUCGGCUCCGUGAAUGAUGAGGAAGUGAUGAUCGUAUUUGACAAACAACUGUUGAAUAGAUGUAAACCCGAUGUUUGCCAACAAAUAGACGACAUGAUUGGCGUAUCGAUAGAGGCGUUGCAAACGGUCCGCAAUUCAUCGCCCGCUAAAUGCGUGGACGCCUUGAGUGAGAAAUUUAACGAGAAAUUCCCGGUAAAAGUCUCGCAUUCAUUGGAUAUGGAUCUAAGUAUCGGGAAAAUGGCAUUUGACAGCAAAUACAAAUUGGAGACAAUAAUUGGCGAUCAAUUGGUGAGAGAAUUGGUCGAAAAUUUCACGAAAUUAAUGCAAAAUAGUCUUAACUAUGAGUUUGAGUUUAAUAUAAAACGUGAAAAUUUUGACAAAAUAUUUGCGGAGAACUCGAAGAGAGUAAUGGAUUUGUUUGACCGAAGAUCGGGUGGACUCAAGACUUUACGGGACGUGUAUUCGCAAAAUUUGCGUAAACUAUUGGACGACCAGAAAGUGAUUUACGCUAACUUUGACUCAAAUUAUAACGAAUUUGUGAACAAAUGUCAACAACUCUGCGAAUCGGACGACUCUUGGAAAGAGACAUUUCGCAGUUAUACCGACACAACCAAACAUGGUCAUUUAGGCCAGAAUCGGCAAAACCAUCAGUGUAUUAAAACUGAAAUAAACAAUAUACUUUUGCAAUCGUACCUCAAAUACUGCACACAAACUGCCGCCAAACUGUCCAAAAGCGGUUAUAUUGAGAGCAAACAAUUUGAUGAAAUGCAUAAACAACUGUUGGAUCAGUUAUUGACAGAACAGGAACAGCAAGUGAUGACUACUUAUAAGACACGGUUUGCCGACACAUAUUUGCGGGAAAUAUGUGAUAAGAAUCGGGAAAGUAUUGCACUGAAUGUCAAUCACUCGAAAGCGAAAUACUGGACAAUGAAUGAAAGCAAACGAAACAAAUCACAAACACUUAUUAUGGACUUUGAGAGCAAACCAAUUGGUGUUUAUUAUAGCGACAAAGAUGUGGACACCGUUUACGUACGCGACCCCCGCCGACACCGGACCUCCAAUUGUAUUGCAUUUGAUGGCCAGCGCUUACUAUUUGGAAGGGAAGCUGAGCAACACCUGAAUGGACACACGUUUGACAUCAAAGACCUGAUGGGAAGGGAUGUGACGGACGAUGAGCUCAAUCGCUAUCCCUUUGAGUUUGUGGACAAACGGCACCCAAAAGUACGGCUCGCCUUUGAAUAUAACAUGAGUUAUGAUUUAAAUAUCGAGUCAUUGAUUGCGUUACAAAUUUUGGGCGCGAAAACAGACGCCGAAGAAGUAUACGAUAAUUACGUGAAAAACAUGGUAUUUGUUGUGCCCACACAAUACACCAUAAGACAAUUGAAUGCGUUUCAGGACGCUGCGAGAUUGGCCGGAAUUGAACAUGUUCAGUUUAUCACUCAAAUGUCUUCACUGGCCAUUGAUUUUGGAUUUAAUGAUAAACGCCAUAACCGAGCCAUUGGUUACCCGUAUGUUUUGUUCAUUUUGCUUACCGAUAGUGGCUGUGAGUUAGCACUCGUUGAAUACCAAGACAUAAGUGUUAAAUACAAGGCCUACGAACUGGUGGACAUCGAUUGGCCGCCAAUGGGGACAGACUUUAGUGCCAUUAAUGAGAUAUUUAUCGAUAGUUUGCAGCAAUUGUUUGACAACUUUAAAACACUGGACAAGAGUAAAGUGAAAGAAAAAGUAUACGAUUGCUUUAUAGUUGGCGAACAAUGGCAGACACACGGCAUUGACUUCCCAAACAUCAUGGACGAUUAUUGCUCCGAAUUAACAUUCAACCAUGAUGGAACAGCUAUUAUGAUGGGUGCCGUGUAUUACAAGCAAUACUUUGAAACCAAUGGCCAUAACAUACCCAUCACUGGAGUGUUGUUUCGGGAUAUCGUAUGUCAUAACAGUUCGCGAAUAAGAAGUGAAAUACUAUUACCGGCAAACAAAGUGCCCAAACACUUCCCUGUUGUUCAAUAUAGACUCGAUCGAUCGGAUCAGUUCCCGAUGACUGUCCGCAUCACCGAAGGCACCGAUUCGGUGAUCAAAGAGUAUGUGUUGAGUGAAUACCCCACCGGUUAUAAACACAGUCAAACUCUCCAUCUAUACAUCACUAUUGCCAACGAUUUGAACGACAAAAACUGUAUUGAUUUUAAUAUAAAUUUUGAAAUAGGGAUGAAUAACAUGAGACAAUUGGAAAAGGCUCAGUCAUUGCAAAGCAUAUUCAGAUUGACCCAGGGUCAGAUCAGUGAACAAACAGAGCUGAUCGCAAACCUCAUCAAACCGGUCAGUUUGGACACCCAUUGCUCACACGAUAUGCCUAUUGUCUAUGACUGCGAUUACUAUUCAAACAACACAAACAUUAUUACAUUGACUACUAGUGAGGCUAAACCUAAUGAUAACAAUAAGCUGACAAAUGAGCGAUCAAAAGCAGUCACCAAAAAGAAGCCAACAGUGACUGAGAGUGAGCUGGGUGCUUUUGUCACAAAACUCAUUGAAAACUACUCAGAACUAAUAUCGCAACUGCCAGACACGUGCGAUCCGGACACACCUGCCUAUCGGGCAAAAUCGCGUGAUAUGCGUAACACUAUUGUGAAAAAGUUUGACACCGAGUUUGGCCGCAAAGAACCGACACUUUUAGUGGCCGACCAGAGACUGAUACUAAUCGCACGGUUAGAAACCAAAAACAUUGAAUGCACGGCUAUUGCAACGGAAAUGGUGGCCAAAAGCGCUAAUAAAUUACAAGAAUUGGUUGAGUCGUGUGUCAAAGAAUUUAACGACAAAAUGAUUGCAGCCAUCGAUCAGGACAUUGAGAUGAAUGGUGUGGAUAAUAAUUACAACAAAAUCCAAACUAAUGUCAAUAAAUUGAUAAAUAAUUUGUUUAAUAAUCGGGCGAUCAGUAUCUCAAAGCGCGAAAGUCAAAGGAAAUUAUAUUCUUCUCGUUUGACACAAAAUAUCUCCCAAUUUAGCGAUAAAUACAAGUAUUUAUACGAUUGUAAUGAAAGUUAUCAGAAAAAGUGUGGACACAGAGUAGGUGUCAAUCGAGACUUUCCCGAUGGAGAGCUACGGGAUAUGCAACGAGAAGUAGUGGUGCCCACCGUUUUGUCCACAAAUUCACAACUUAUGGACAAAUUGCGCCAAAUGUAUGAUAAAAGUUAUCGUUAUUUCACCACUGAGUUAAGCAAAAUACGCUCUGGUGAACAAGAAUUGGCCAACAAUGCCAUUGAGUUAACAGUUGUGAAAUAUCGGGAGUUGUUUCACCACGUGUUAAUGUCCAAGUUUUAUAUCCCAACCGAUUUGAACGCCAUUCACAACAAAUUAGUGCCCAAAUGCCUGGUAUUGUUAGAAAUAUCAUGUGCGUUCACUUCGCGCCAAAGUGACCUCGAGGACAAAUGUGUCCGAAAGUGUGCGGAUCAAUUAAGCGACGCCUUUGCGCACAUUAAAGUGGAUUAUACGGCAAAAUUGCGGCGAUUAUUCACAUUCAACACUAAUAUCGUGAGAGAUAUGCACCGCAAGUAUUGCCAGAAUGUGCGCAAACAUUUGGCCUACGAUUACAUAGAUGUCGACAAAUUGCAAGGUUUGCUCGACAGCGAGUCAAACGAUAUAAUGAAUGCAUUUACCGAACGUAUGGACCCGAUUGGACGAGAAUGGGACCGGUGUUUGAUGACAGAUAUCGCGCGAAAGCAUCGGCAAAGUCUCGAUCUGGCCAUUCGUGAACAAAUGCGUGAAUACAGACUGACCAACUUUCGCAACGCAACCAUCACUCCAACAAUGGGCAUAUAUUUUGGGCGCCGUCUGUUAGUGGGCGCCUAUUUUGACCGAACCGUACAGUUUGUGCCCAACGGUGAGGACAGCGCUGAUAAUACUCACAGCAAACACUAUGUCGACAAUUGCAUUACAUUUAGCGGUAAAUUUCUGUUCGGGAGAAAAGCCAAACAGUAUUUGAGAGCAAACAGUUUGGACACCGAGUUUGAUGUGAAAGACCUGUUGGGUAGGGAUCGGGUGGACGCAGAAGAACUCAAACGAUACCGUUUUGAGUGGUGUUCAGACUCACCGCCCAAAGUCUGUGUACAGUCUCCCGUACUUCAGGGUAAUGACAACGGUAUGAACGUUGAGACACUGGUGGCGCUACAGGUGCUCGACAUUAAACACAGGGCCGAGACUGCGAUGAAAACACGCGCACAGAGAGUUGUAUUGUGUUUGCCCACCGGUUAUAACAGUAAACAAAGGCGCGCGAUGUUAGACGUGGGCCUAAUCGCAAGCAUUCACCAAAACUAUGUGCAUAUUGUCAACGAAAUGACUGCCGCAGCCAUCGCUUACGUUAUCGACUCUCACCGCAAACUGUUGACCGAAGAGAUUGUAUUGAUAUUUGCAAUUCAUGGCAAUCACUGCGAGUGCGGACUCAUUAAAUUGAGCAACGGUUUGAUUGAACACGUGUGCUAUGGUGUGGUCGGCGAUCUGAGUAUAUUUGACCAUGGUCAUCGCGAGUCACGCCUCAUAAACUACAUAACAAACACUAUGACUUUAAGCCAAAUGACCGAACGCGAUCUGAACCGGGUGUUAGUGAUCGGCCAUUCGGACAAAAUACCCGAGUUUAAGGCACUGAUUGCGGCCACACUUACCUCUGACUUUGCCGGCAAACAUAACAUACUCUAUAAGUGCGACCCCAUAGACAUGAUAGUGAAGGGAACCGUAUAUUACGGGCAAAUGUUGGACAAAAAGUUGGACACUAUAGAUGUGCGGGAGAUUGUGAGGGCAGACAUCAAACUGAUGUUACUUUCGCACAGCGAUAAACAUUUGCAUAAAGAGCUGAUCCCUAUGAACGCGGCCGUCGAUCGCUAUGUGAUGGCCCAACACUUUUCUGUAGAUCUGAGUGAUUAUAGUUUUCCCAUAGAGUUGUAUCUCAUGGAAGGCGAGACGAUAGUGAAGACAUUUGUGGUGAACGAGUCGAUCCCGUUAUGGCGCCAAACCCGGUGGACAGGAUGGACAGCGCUGGUCAUCGAGUACCGCAUGGAUCGGGACACUCACGCCGUCUGUUUGAGCGCCACUUUGAAAGCCUCAUAUUUAGGCGACGAUUUGGAGGUUAGGCCUGAGAUGUACGGUCUUAGCGAACAGUGUAUUACCGGUCAGCGCAUUAUAUUACGUGAAUUGGGUGUUUUGGCCGUCCGACACGUGCCCAAUAUAAUGGCCACCAAUCGGAACCAAUCGAUGCCCGCGAGAGUUCAAUCUGUCAGCUCAGCACCACUAACCCCAUCACCGUCUAGAGUGGUCUCAGUUCCCAAUGCGAUAUCAACCUCACCGAUGGCGGCGGCUGUCGCUGUCGAUGCGGUUCAAGAGUUUAGCCAAUUGUGCGCCGGUAUUAAGGCCCGACUCGAGACGUGCGGUGCGAUCGCCACCAAAAGGCGGAAAAUUGCCGAAAAACUCUUGGAUUUCGAGAAAUGUCCGAAAACUGAUGCCAAGAAAUUGGAGGAACAAAAACAGCAAUUAUUUCGAUUGAUUGAUGGCUAUAAUUUGAGAGACAAAUUGAUCACGAACUAA